AUGGCUGCAAGAGGGGGCCUUUUGAUGCUGGAAAACUUCAUAGGUGGAACAUUUUUACCUUGUAGCUCAUACCUAGAUUCCUAUGAUCCCUCCACAGGGGAAGUGUACUGCCACGUGCCAAACAGUGGGGAAGAAGAGGUCGAAGCCGCGGUGGAGGCUGCCAGAGCAGCUUUUCCGGGCUGGUCCUCCCGGAGCCCCCAGGAGCGCUCACAGGUGCUGCAGCGGCUGGCCGACUUGCUGGAACAGUCCCUGGAGGAGCUGGCCCAGGCCGAGUGCAAGGACCAAGGGAAAACCAUAACCCUGGCGAGAACCAUGGACAUUCCCCGGGCUGUGCAUAACUUCCGGUUCUUCGCUUCCUCCAUCCUGCACCACACGUCUGAAUGCACGCAGAUGGACCACUUGGGCUGUCUGCAUUACACAGUGCGGGCCCCUGUGGGCAUCGCGGCUCUGAUCAGUCCCUGGAAUCUGCCCCUCUAUCUGCUGACCUGGAAGAUCGCUCCAGCUAUCGCGGCUGGCAACACAGUGAUAGCUAAGCCCAGCGAGCUGACUUCCGUGACCGCGUGGAUGAUGUGCAGACUCCUGGAGAAAGCAGGUGUUCCGCCAGGCGUGGUCAAUGUUGUGUUUGGAACGGGGCCCAGGGUCGGCGAGGCCCUGGUGUCCCACCCAGAUGUACCCCUCAUCUCCUUCACUGGGAGCCAGCCCACUGCCGAGCGCAUCACACAGCUAAGUGCCCCCCACUGCAAGAAGCUCUCGCUGGAGCUGGGGGGCAAGAACCCUGCCAUCAUCUUUGAAGAUGCCAACCUGGAUGAGUGCAUCCCGACGACUGUCAGGUCCAGCUUUGCCAACCAGGGUGAAAUAUGCCUCUGUACCAGCAGAAUCUUUGUCCAGAGGAGCAUCUAUAAUGAAUUUUUAAAGAGGUUUGUAGAGGCGACCAGAAUGUGGAAAGUUGGCGUUCCUUCUGACCCAUCGGCUGACAUGGGAGCUCUGAUCAGUCAAGCUCAUCUGGAGAAAGUCAGAAGUUACAUCAAGAAAGCUCGCCUGGAAGGGGCCCGAAUUCUGUGUGGUGAGGGAGUGGAUACAUUGAACCUCCCCCCCAGGAAUCAGGCAGGGUACUUCAUGCUUCCCACGGUGAUAACAGAUGUUAAGGAUGAGUCCUGCUGCAUGAAGGAAGAGAUAUUUGGUCCGGUGACGUGUGUCGUCCCCUUUGAUAGUGAAGAGGAAGUGAUUCAAAGAGCCAACAGUGUUAAAUAUGGACUGGCUGCCACCGUGUGGUCAGGCAGCGUGGGGCGUGUCCACCGGGUGGCCAAGAAAUUACAGUCAGGCUUGGUCUGGACCAACUGCUGGCUCAUUAGAGAGCUGAACCUACCUUUCGGGGGGAUGAAGAGUUCUGGGGUGGGCAGAGAAGGAGCCAGAGACUCUUACGAAUUCUUCACUGAAGUCAAAACCAUCACUGUUAAACACUGA